AUGGCUACCAAUCAACAAUUGAGUACUAUUGAAAAUCUUGCUACUUGUCAAUUUUGGACUUUCAAUGAACUUUUUACAAUUCUUUCAUAUACACCACAACUUCGUCGUCUGAAACUUGUUAUGAGUGAUGUAAAAUUUGAUGAAUUUGAAAUACUUAUCAGAAGAAUAGAUGGUAAAUUAAAAAUUUUACGUGUUACUACUCAAUCUCAAGACUUAAAUUUUCUUAAUGCUCAUCGAUGGGAACAACUAAUUUUAAAGUGUUUAUCUCAAUUGAAAGAAUUUUAUUUACGAUAUAUUGAAAGUUUUGACGUCGAAUAUGAAAAUCCUGGAAGACCAGAUCAAUUAAUUUCAUCAUUUUGGAUUGAACGACAAUAG